CCAGAUAAGAGUGGCAGCUGCAGCAGCCAAUAUGCAGGGACGUUGUUGGUCCAGAAGCCAAUGAAAACCUGGUGAAGGAAAAGCGGCGAUAAUCUGUUUGGGGAUGUAGGCACGGGUCUGAAGGAACAUGGGGCUGUAUCAGAUGUGGCCGCGGCUCCGGCUCCCAGGGUUACAAGCCUGCGGGCUGCGCACGGUGCAUGAGGCAGCCGUGCCGACCCCUGCACCCUGGCUGGCAGAGCGACUUGGUCUCUUCGAGGAGCUUUGGGCUGCUCAGGUAAAAAGGUUAGCAAGCAUGGCACAGAAGGAACGUCGGACUAUUAAAAUAUCCCUUCCUGGAGGCCAGAAAGUGGAUGCUGUGGCAUGGAACACAACCCCUUACCAACUAGCCCAGCAGAUCAGUUCAACACUGGCAAAUACUGCGGUGGCUGCCCAAGUGAAUGGAGAACCUUAUGACAUGGAUCGGCCCUUGGAGACAGAUUCCAACGUCAGAUUUCUGACAUUUGAUUCCCCAGAGGGGAAGGCGGUGUUCUGGCACUCCAGUGCUCAUGUCCUGGGGGCAGCAGCUGAACAACUCCUAGGCGCUGUCCUCUGUCAAGGUCCAAGUACAGAAUGUGGUUUCUACCAUGAUUUCUUCCUGGGAAAGGAGCGGACUGUCCAAGGCUCAGAGCUACCUCUUUUGGAGCGGAUUUGCCAGGAACUUGCAGCUGCUACUCAACCCUUCCGGCGGCUAGAGGCUUCUCAGGAUCAGCUUCGCCAGCUCUUCAAGGAUAACCCCUUUAAGCUUCGCCUGAUUGAGGAGAAAGUGACAGGUCCAACAACAACAGUGUACGGGUGUGGCAUGUUGGUUGACCUUUGCCAGGGCCCCCACCUUCGGCAUACUGGACAAAUUGGAGGACUGAAGCUGCUGGCGAACUCCUCAUCCUUGUGGAGGUCUUCAGGGGUCCCAGAGACACUGCAGCGAGUGUCAGGGAUUUCCUUCCCCACGGCAGAGGGGCUGCGGGCCUGGGAAAAGUGGAGGGAGGAAGCAGAGUUGCGGGAUCACCGGCGCAUUGGCAAGGAACAGGAGCUCUUCUUCUUCCAUGAGCUGAGCCCUGGGAGCUGCUUCUUCCUGCCCCGGGGGACGAGGGUGUAUAAUGCACUGAUGGCUUUUAUCAGGGCUGAGUAUGCCCGCCGUGGUUUCUCAGAAGUAAAAACCCCAACACUGUUUUCUACGAAGCUCUGGGAACAGUCAGGACACUGGGAGCAUUACAGGGAAGACAUAUUUGCCCUGCAGCGCCAGGGCUCCGACAGACCUGCCAGCUCCCUGAGUGACCAUUCCACCAGCCAUCAAGCCCACUCCACACUCGCCCUCAAGCCCAUGAACUGCCCUGCACACUGCCUGAUGUUCGCCCACCGGCCCAGAUCUUGGCGAGAGCUGCCCCUGCGACUGGCAGACUUCGGGGCCCUGCACCGCGCUGAGGCUUCUGGCAGUCUGGGGGGACUGACUCGGCUGCGACGCUUCCAGCAGGAUGACGCUCACAUCUUCUGUGCCCCGGAUCAGCUGGAAGCAGAGAUCCGAGACUGCCUAGAUUUCCUCCACUCUGUCUAUGCUGUCCUUGGCUUCUCCUUCCGCCUGGCACUGUCCACCCGGCCAUCUGGGUUCCUAGGGGAGUCUUGUCUUUGGGACCAGGCUGAGCAGGUCCUUCACCAGGCCUUGGAAGAAUCUGGGGAACCUUGGGACCUCAGACCUGGAGAUGGUGCCUUCUAUGGGCCUAAGAUUGACGUGCACCUCCGGGAUGCCCUGGGUCGGCCCCAUCAGUGUGGGACAAUCCAGCUCGACUUCCAACUGCCCCUGAGAUUUGGCCUGCAGUACAGAGGGACCCUUCCCAUUCCACUGCAUUCCCCCCAUUUCCCUCCAAGGCAGGCCGGGGCCCUGGAGCGGCCAGUCCUCAUUCACCGAGCAGUACUAGGCUCCGUGGAAAGAAUGUUGGCGGUCCUGGCGGAAAGCUGUGGGGGAAAAUGGCCACUGUGGCUGUCCCCGUUCCAGGUGGUGGUCAUCCCUGUAGGGCCCGAGCAGGAGGGAUAUGCCCGGGAGGUACAACGGAGCCUACAGGCUGCAGGAUUGGUUGGUGACCUGGAUGCCGACUCUGGACUAACCCUCAGCCGGAGGGUCCGCCGGUCCCAGCUUGCCCACUACAAUUUUCAGUUUGUGGUCGGCCAGAAAGAGCAAAGUGAGAGAACGGUGAACAUUCGGACUCGAGAGAAUCAUCGACUUGGAGAGCACAGCUUGACUGAAGCAGUAGGGCGGCUGCUGGAGCUGCAGAACACCAGGGUCCCAAAUGCUGAAGAAGUGUUCUGAGCCCCUGUACGUAGAUGAGGCCCCCAGGAGUCCCGCAGAGCCUUCAUAGCUCCUGCUGCCUCAGUUCUCUUUUGAACCAAGACUUGGCUUGGUGGCCCUAGAGAGGAGGGAGGAAAAGCUGUAGCUGUUUGAAUGUGAAGAGAGUGAAACUAAAAAUAAUAAAUUUCAAGCUACCAGG